AUGGACUCGAUGAGGUCUCUCAACACCUCAUUACCCUCGACUCGGCCUGCACCUCCCGAACAACUCCUCCAAGCCUUCCGGACCGCCGCCCUCUCCGUGACAAACCUGUACAAGUCGGCAGUCACAGACCAGAAUGCCAGCCGUCAAGCGGGGUACCAAGAUGCUCUGGAGGAUCUGCUAAGCUUUUUGGACAAGGAGAAUCUCGGUCUACAAGAUGGCGAGGGCUGGAGAGUGAGGCAGUGGGCGACGGAAAGAUAUGAAGGGUCUACCCAUCAUCACCAGAUCGAAAGCGACGAUGAAAGAAGCGAAACCGGGCAAGGGCAAACGCAACGAGGCCUCACCCCAGCGGGCGAGCAGACAGUCGCAACUACAGCAGCCGCCCAAUCUGCACCUGCAAGAGCAGAGUCGAGUACGCAAACCGAUGACCACCAAAGUUCUUCAUCUCAAGAGCAGUCGGCCUCUGCUCCCAUGUUUUACUUUAGUGGAAACCCUGCCUCGACUUCGCUUGACGAUAUGCAGACCGAGGAGGAUGGCACUGCACCUACGGAAACUCAGGCAUCUUCAUCAACGUCGGGCAACGUGAGCCGAACAACUCUUAUCAACAACCGAGGGAAUCGCACACCCCAUAGAACCGGCAACCAAAGACACGGAACACGAUCAUCGACGCGAGAGUUUACUUUUACAGCCGGAACGAAGCGCAAAUUUCAGAUACCCGACUUCUUUGAUAUUUCCAACAUUGGCCCGAGGGAUGGAUUUGAAAGCAGCAAGAGGGGAAGGACUUCGUGA